AUGGCACAUGGUAAAGUAGUUUUUAGCGCGCGGUGCGUUGGGGGUUGGAGAUGCUCUAAUCAUCACAUGCCCCGCCUCGUCUAUGCCUCGCAGAUUGGCUGCACGGACCACGGACCCUGGCCCCACUUCGACCAACCCCCACAGCCGUCACAACCCUUCCUCCUCCUCCAUCCUCCCUCUCCCUCUCUCGUCAGCCGUCGCCGCCAUUUUGCCUCCGUCGUCUUUGUCCGACGCCGACGACCGGCCCAUCCCACUGUCUCCGGAUCCGUGCUCCGCAGCGCACGUGCGGACGCCCGAGCACAAGGAGGUGAGCGGUGGCGUGGUGGCUCCUCACCGCUGUUUCGGCGACCGGGAAAGACGGAGAGGAGCGGAAACUGCUUCCUCCUCACAGCGGUCGACUGGUUGACGCGUGGCACCACCGCGUGCUCGUCUCCUCUGCAUCGUGAGCGGCGCCGCCUCUGCCCCCACACAAGAGAAGCAUCGCCGUUGCCAUGUCCUCGGCAAAGGUGGAGCGCGGGAUCCUGUGAUGGCUGCUGCCGUUGCCGCCGUCCUUUCUCUCGCUGCCGCCACCACCCCUCCGCCUCCCUCACCCCGCCGCUGCAAUCCCAGGUGAGGCCCGCGGAUGAGGAAUGCGGGGGCGACGUCGAGCGCCGGCCAUGUCCCUCUCGCUCCUACGGCCAUUUGCGGCAGCGAACUGUGGCGAGAUGAUGGUGAACGAAGACGAUGCAUCAUCCUCGUCUCACGAGGAUGGAAACAGUAGCAGAUCGAGGAGGACGGCGCGACCACGACUGUGGCACAGGGUAUUUACCUUUGCUGUUAUCAUUCCGGGCCUUGCAUGGAGCAACAUCUUAUCUUAUGGUUCACCCAGAAGGAAACAUAAUGGUUGACAGAUGCAGAUACGUAUGCCACAAGCUGUGCCAACUUCAAAGGUUAGAGAUCCCCGCUUGGGUCGAUAUCGGAGAGGCAUUGCUGAUUGAGUGGUGCCAGCCGGAGGAGAUGAUGACCCAACAGCAUGGAAAAACAAUGCUUACUGGAGGCAAUGUUCUCUUCUUGUUGAGGGGAAAUGGUAUAUUGCUCUUCUUCAUGAAGUGGAUUUCAGCUAUUCUAAGGGCUUUCCCUGUGACUCUCUACCUAACAGGGCUUUCCGUGUGACUCUACCUAAUGUUUUGCCGGUAAUUUCUAAAGCUUGGUGGGUCUAUUUAGAGACUUCAGAUUGUUUUAUUCUUGCCAUAGUGAUUAGCACUACACCAAAUGGUAUACAUUUCUGUAUUGUGCC